GUGAAACAUGGUUUUGUUUCUUCCCAACAAUUGUUCAUUUAAUAGUUUCAACUUAUUGCCACUGAUAGAAAGCAACAAACUUAUCUUCUAUUUUAAAACUAGUUGCAUCCACAAAUUUAAGGCUCCAUACUAACAUGGUAUACAGGCAUUAGCACAUGGCUUUGCCUUCAGUGGUUAGUGACAAAAACUCCAGCUCCAAUCCAAGGUCUGUCGAUAGCUUUAUAUAAAUAAACACCCAUUCAUGAUCCUUUUUCAUCAUCAAGCACAAGCAUUAUCAAGUUAACCAUCAAGGUCUCUAAAUUUCUAAUUUAAUUUCUUAUUUCUAGUCUUCCAAGAAAAAAUGGCUAUGCUCAGCCCUAAGAAACUCAUCAAGAUGGUCAGGAGAUGGCAGAAGUUUGCAGCCAUGCAGAGGAAGAGGAUUUCAUUUCCAAGAAAUGGUAGUGAUGCAGACAGUUGCAGUACUUCCUCAUCCUCUAUAGUUGAGAAAGGCCAUUUUGUAGUAUAUACAACUGAUGCAGCACGUUUUGUCUUUCCCUUGGCUUACCUUGAAAAUGAGGUCAUUAGGAAACUUUUAAGCAUGUCUGAAAAAGAGUUUGGGUUGUUAAGUGGUGGCCCAAUUACAUUGCCCUGUGAUUCAGCCUUCAUGGACUACAUUAUAUCACUAAUCAAGAAAGGCAUAAUUACUGGAGAUCUUCACAAAGCGUUGCUCCUAUCAAUUCCUUCUUUUUGCUGUUCGACUUCUUCUUUGCACCAAGAAAGUGGAAACAAACAGCUUCUUGUUUGUUGAGUCAUAAUACAUGCUAGCUGAAAAUAGUUUUUUAGAUAGGGCAUACACUGAUGAACAUUACUGUAAAGCGAAUCAUACAGAUAUAUUGAAUUUUAUUUAAUCAGAAAAAAUUUACCAUAA